AUGGAUCCGUCUCAGAACAAAUCUCAUGCCCCGGAACGCAUCCGUUGGGAUGACGACGAGGAAGCCGGCAAGAAGGCUCGCCCGACCUUGCGUCGUGGCCUGUCUACCGAUUCUCUCGCCGUCCACUCCAUCCGGUCGAGGCGUAACUCGAUCGAUGCUGCGGCCGCUCUCCCCGUGCAGUAUCGUACUGUCUCCAUCGACAUUGACGAUUACAACAAGCAACAGGGACAGAAGAAGAAAGUGAAUGCUGCUACAACAGAGGUUGCACAGCUCGACUGGCACACGCUCUCUCCCGAAGAGAUCCUGCGUCGACUCUCUUCCUCUCGCACCGAAGGUCUCUCUCCCGACCAAGUCGCCCGCCGCAUGGCACACUAUGGCAAGAAUGCUCCCUCCGAUCCUCCUACACACCAUACGCGCAAGUUUCUUGGCUACUUCUUCAAAGGCUUCGGCCCCAUUCUCCUCGUUGCUGCCAUCCUUGUGUUCAUCGCCUGGCGGCCCCUAGGCAAGCCCCCGGCGCCGGCUAACCUGGCCCUCGCCAUCGUCCUUCUCGCUGUCUUCUUUAUCCAGGCCGCCUUCAACAUGUGGCAGGAUUGGUCUUCGUCCCGUGUCAUGGCCUCCAUCAAGACGAUGCUGCCUGACCACUGUCUUGUGACGCGUGAUGGCGCCCAGUUGACCCUGCUGGCCGAAGAGAUCGUGCCUGGCGACAUCCUGACCAUCAAAAUGGGGAACAAACUGCCUGCUGAUGUUCGCUUCAUCGGUGCUUCGUCUGAUGCUCGCUUUGAUCGUUCCAUUCUGACUGGUGAAUCGGUUCCUCUUGCUGCUACUGUCGACUCGACGAGCGAAAAUUACCUCGAGACACGCUGUAUCGGUCUACAGGGCACGCACUGCGUGUCUGGCACCUGUAUCGGUGUUGUCGUGGCUACUGGUGACAAGACAAUUUUUGGCCGCAUCGCCAAGCUGACCAACGAGCCCAAGAAGGGGGCUUCUUGGCUCCGACGAGACUAUCCCGACUGGAUCAACGUUCCCAACCUCAUCAUAUCCUGCGUGUCGGUGGCUGUGGCUUUUAUUCCCGAGGGUCUCCCCGUGGCUGUCACAGCGAGCAUGACCAUCAGUGCCAACAUGAUGCGCAAAAACAAGAUCCUCUGCAAGUCUCUCAAGACGGUUGAGUCCCUUGGCUCCGUGUCUGUCAUUUGCUCCGACAAGACGGGCACCCUGACACAGAACAAGAUGACCGUCAUCGACUGCGCCCUCGGCAACGAACGCAUGUCGGUCAAGCAGGCCCACGAUGCCCUCGUCCUCAACCAGGCCCAGAACCCAUCGGGAACCCACAACGCCCUUGACCAGCUUCGUUCCCUCGCCGGCCUGUGUAACGCUGCCGAGUUUGACGCCGCAACCCGUCGCUUGCCGAUCGAGCAGCGUACCAUCUACGGUGAUGCCACGGAUCAAGCCAUCCUCCGGUUCUCCGAGCAGCUAGGUUCUGUCGCCGAACUCCGUCGAUGCUGGCAAACAAAGUACGAGCUUGCCUUCAACAGCAAGAACAAAUACAUGAUCAGGGCGCUCGGCCUUGUGCAUCCUGAUGGAAAGUCAAUGUCCUUGCCUUCGGACACGGCUGCCGUGUUUGAGCCUGCCGAUAUCCUGUUGACCAUCAAGGGUGCUCCCGAGAUUCUCCUGAAGCGCGCAACGCACUAUGUCAGCCCGACAGGGUGCGUUCGUGACCUUGACCAGGCUGCCAGGGGUAGCCUCGAGACGACCAAAGAUCAAUGGUCGGCUCAGGGUCGCCGCGUCAUUCUUCUGGCGCGCAAGGUUGUUUCUCGCUCGACUCUCGGUUCUGAAAUGUCUCCUUCCUUCGAGGCGGGCAUCAACGAACAGGCAAAGUCGGGCCUGACCGUUGUCGGCCUUGUCGGCAUCGUCGACCCCCCUCGCGUUGAGAUUCCUGGCGUUGUCGAGACUCUGCGCGGCGCUGGUGUCCGCAUCUUCAUGGUGACGGGCGAUUUUGCCCUGACGGCCCAGGCCAUUGCCACCGAGUGCGGCAUCAUCACGUAUCCUCCCUCGCAAAUCGACAGCGUAUCGGCCCUCGAGCGUGUGACGACCGUGGACCCCUCGCUCAAGGGAGCGUUUGUCGGCAGCGGUGGCGAUGAGCCCGGCAUCCCGCGCAACGCCAUUGUACUGUCCGGACCUGACCUAAUCACGCUCAACGACGCACAGUGGGACCAGCUGACGAGCUACACGGAGAUUGUCUUUGCCCGUACGACGCCCGAGCACAAGCUGCGCAUCGUGCGCGAGUUCCAGGCACGCAAGCAGACGGUGGCCAUGACGGGUGACGGCGUCAACGAUGCUCCCUCUCUGCGGGCCGCCGACGUGGGCGUGGCCAUGGGCUCGGGCAGCGACGUGGCCAUCGAGGCGGCCGAUAUGGUGCUCCUCGACGACACGUUCGCAAGCAUUGUCGAGGCGCUGCGCUACGGCCGCAUGAUGUUUGACAACCUCAAGAAGACGGUGGCCUAUCUGCUCCCUGCUGGCAGCUUCAGCGAGUUCUGGCCCGUCAUGGCCAACGUGCUCUUCGGCCUGCCGCAGAUCCUCAGCAGCUUCCUCAUGAUCAUCAUCUGUCUGUUCACCGACGCCGCCGCCGCCAUCGCGCUCGCCUACGAGGCGCCCGAGGCCGACGUGCUCGUGCGCAAGCCUCGCGUGCCCGGCAAGGACCGUCUCGUCGACUGGAAGCUCAUCGCGCAGGCCUACGGCGUCGUCGGCAUGCUCGAGACGCUGGCCUCGUUCGCCAUGGCCUUCUGGUACCUCGAGCGCAACGGCAUCCACUUCUCGGACCUCUGGUUCUCCUUUGGCGUGCUGCCCGACACGAUCGACGAGGACUUUUACGCGCAGAAGCUCAACGUCGCGAGCUCCAUCUACUUUGUCAACCUCGUCGUCAUGCAGUGGUUCAACCUGCUCGCCGUCCGCACCCGUCGCCUGUCGCUCCUCCAGCACCCGCCCUUCUUCAACGCGAGCACCCGCAACAUCUACCUGCUGCCGGCCGUGCUCUUCGCCCUCGGCAUGGCCCUCUUCUGGCUGUAUGUGCCCGAGUUUCAGCGCGUCGUUGGCACGGCUGUUGUGCCUGUCGAGUACUGGUUCCUGCCCAUGAGCUUCGGACUGUUCGUGCUCGGCGUGGACGAGGCGCGCAAGUACGCUGUGCGCACGUGGCCCAAGGGUUUCUUCGCCCGGACGGCGUGGUAA